AGGACGAGGGCCUCACCGUGUGCGAGCUCAACUGCUCGCCGUGGGAUCUAAUGGCGACGGAUCCCAACUCCUCCUACUGCGACUUCCUCAUCACCAAUCUCGAGGAGGAGGAGGAGGAGGGAGGAGGGAGCGAGGGCAUUUUGGGGAACGCCGUAAAAGACGAAGAAACCGAGCCCAUUUGUGUCAUUUCCGCCAUCACUCGCACCGCCGGUGAGCUAACUCUGAAGGAAACGAAGGAGGCCGAGGAAAAGAGAACGACGACAAAGAGGAAGAGGGCGAGCAAAGGAAAAGGGAAGGAUGAUACCGUGAAGACCUCAGACGGUAGCCUUGCUGCGCAGCACUGCAAGAAGAGCGACGGCAAGGGGUGGCGUUGCAAGAGGCCCGCUCAGCUCCCCAAUUCCUUGUGCAGCUACCACCUCACCCAGAUAAGAGCCUACACCUCCAACCAUCGAGCAACCGAUCCCUCCGCAGCUGUAACCGACAACGGCAAUCGCCAAGAAGAGGCGACGGGUACCGACGACUCAAGCUUGUAUUAUUACUACGGGGGGUUCGGGCCGUCGCGAGGGAAGCAAAGAGGAAAAACGUCGACCGGUGUGGUUAAGGUGAAGGAAGAUUGCAGCGGCAAGGAGAGCGGUACAAUGUUGGACGACGGCGACGGCGAUAAUAACGCUGUUGCAGGCGACGAUGAGUACGAUCCCGAUUGUUUCGACGAAGACGACGGGGAUGUUAACCGUAGCGCUCGCCAGGAGCAUGAGGAGAUUGAUGUUGGGAAGGAGGAGGAGAAGAAAAGGGUAGUGAAGAAGAGAGGUAGGAAGCCUUUUAAGUGCCGUUCUCUCAAGUCCCUCCUAUGAUUUCUUCAGCUUCUUGGUUGUUGAUUGUACUGUGGAGGGCAGUGACUUCUAAUUUGGGGUUUGAACAUGGUUUGAUUUUGAACGUA